GAAUCUCAUUCAAUAUGGAAUUCUGAACCAGUCUGGGCCCUCCAAAGAAGUAACAAAUACCCCAACAACAAUGAAGUCAUUCUUCGUUCUCAGAGUGAUGGCAGCUAGGUAAAGCCUCCGCCUCACGACUGUCGCUUGCUUCUAGUCUUGACGGAGGCUGGCUGGCUGGCUGGCCACCUUACCUUGGCUACAAAAGGUUCAGCCGAUUCCAGGGAGUUCUGCAUCCGUUCGUGUCAAAACUGCCAUACACCCAUCCCUUGGGGAACCAGCAACAAACCCCGAGCACCAGGCAGGCUGCAUGGAACCAGCCGUGCCCGGUCCAUUCGCAGUCAUACAGCUGUCUCUGAAGCGUUACAAGUCGGCUCCACGACUAGCUGCCAGGGAAGAAGAAGCUACUUGACACAUUCAAUUAAUUCAUCGGUCCUUAUCAUAUCACCGUGCCGGUGCUGCAGUGGAACCUGGCUGGAACAGCGGAAAAGGUGCAACAGACUGUGUGGGCCACGACGCUAAAGUCGUCUUAUCCAUCUUUGGGUCCUUUUAGUUGGCACUUUGGUACACUACUGCACACAUAAAAGAGGGCGAAAUCUUUUAUAGUGAAAGCCCUGUUCCUCUCACAGCCAUGGCGGAUAGCAGCAGCAGGUCAAACUUGUCGUUGGUGCAAUCGCCAGAAGAGACAAGACCGCUGCUUCCUAGGAGGGUUGUCGCUCACGAGACAGACUCAGAGCCGCUCUUUUCCUGCGUCACAAACAUGCAUCAUGAUCUCCCCGUCUAUACCAACAUUCAUCGCAUUCGCCGCGACAUUGUCUCCAUUGUUGAAGAUUAUCUUAGCAUCGAACAGCUGCGGGAUGUGCGCAUCAACGUGUCCGUGGUGCGGCCCUUGGUCGAUAAGCUCUAUGAACUAGAUGAUAUUUCGAUUGUCUAUUGUUUGCUGGUGAACCGGGUUCAGUUCUUGUACGAGCAGUCGCACUUGAACAACCGCCAGAAUGUCAACUAUGCCCGUGCUACCCUGUGUGAGCUGGUCGCCACUAGAAUCCUGCGGCGUUUCAAUGAAGACAACCCAGGCACUGAGGGGCUACUGGUUUUGGCGCAUAUUCUCAUCGCGGGCUUUCAUCCUUUCCAGAAUGCACCAGAGGAAAUAUGGCGCUCGGAACAUCUUACUCAUGAUCGAAUGCACUAUCGAACCCUACCGGCGCUUGAGGUUGCCAUCGUUGGCGAGAGCAAGAUCUUUCUGAGCUCUACUUCGUGCCAGAAGGUAAUCGAUGCUAUCUACACCGGCAGAAUCAUCUACACGCCUUCCAGCUUUCUCAACAUCAUCCCAGAUCGCUACAAGCAAAAGCCGAUCUCUCUAUACGACCCUCGGACAGCCCCUCUGCUUAACCAGUACAGGCUCAUUGUUCCUCGCACUCGCAACGUCCUUGAGCUCAUUCAGUUCAUCAUUCUUUUGUCUCUCUACCUUGCUUUUAUGGCUGAGCGGGAUGCCAGCAGGGUCAGUGGGAUCGAAAUCUGCUUCGCUGUGUACGCGUUCGGUUGGGUACUGGACAAUUUCGCCACAAUUCUCGAGCACGGCUGGCAGGUUUACACUCAGAACCUUUGGUCAUUUCUGGAUGUUAUAUUCUCUGUCAUCUACUGGGGAUACCUAAUCGUGCGGCUCUAUGGCCUCCACAUGGGGCUACAGAACCCUGGACAGCAGGCUCUCGAUGUUCUAGCCAUGGGGGCACCGGUUCUCAUUCCCCGAAUUGCUUUCAACCUCUUGUCCGACAAUCUUCUCUUCGUCUCGCUUCGCGCCAUGAUGUCUGAUUUCACACUACUCACGGCUAUUGCUGCUUGGUGCUUUGGCGGCUUCUUGCUUUCGCUUCUAUGGUUGGGUGAAGGGCAACACAACUCUAUCACAAUCGGGAAAUGGAUGUUGUGGAUUUGGUUUGGACUUGACGGGACUGGAAUUUCAAAGUCGGUCGAGUUCCAUUGGCUUUUGGGACCGACUUUGAUGAUUGCCUUCACCUUCCUGGGCAACACUCUCUUUUUGACGAUUUUGGUCUCGAUGCUGUCCCACACCUUUAGCACCAUUGUGCAAAAUGCGACGGCCGAAAUUCAAUACCGGCAUGCCGUCCUUACUCUGGAAGGCGUCAAGGCCGAUGCCAUAUUCGCGUACCAGCCGCCUUUCAACAUAUUGGCACUGCUCAUCCUGGUGCCGCUCAAGUUUCUCGUCUCGCCCCGCUGGUUUCACAAGAUUCACGUUGCGAGCGUGCGUACCCUGAACCUUCCUCUGCUCCUGAUCAUCGCACUGGCAGAGAGGUUAUAUCUCUGGCCAAAUGAGGACCCCAGCGGGCCUGAAUCACAAAGGCCCAGUAGCGUGGGCACUGGGUUGAACAGGAGCUCAGAGUUUAGCGGCAGGCAAUGGGAGUGGCCUUGGGAGAGUUGGCAUAUCACGGCACACGGAGACAUUCAGGAUGUAUUCGAGGUGCCGCCUCCAGAUAGCGUCCUGGAGGAUAUUGCGGUUGACGACUAUAUGACGCGACAUCUGAUACGCCGACAGUUUACGCGCUCUGCUAGCCAUACGAACGGUGGGCCUAAACAAAACAUUGCACCGAGAACUCCUUCGGCCGAAGGAUCGUCACGUCAGCCAGGGGAAGGCAGUAGACGGCGGUCGCCAAAGCCGUCGAAUCGGAGGGACAGCAUCACGCCGUUCCCGUUGUUGGUCCAGCAGUUGCGAGGCGCCAUUUCCGAGUCCGAUGAGAUGACCGAGAUAACAAGCCGGCUGGACUCGCUUGAAGAAUCUAUAGGGAGGAUCGAAGGCAUGCUCACGAAACUCACCGGGGGUGCUACUGAUAAUGACAGCGAUACGGCAGUCCCGGCCGCCAGCCGGAGACGGUGAAAUUUGUGAUCGAACCGAAAGAUCAGCGGAAAUGAAAUGACGAGAGCGAAAUUUGGGAGGGAGUAUACGGUACCUUCUACACAUAUCAAGCAGCGCUAAACUACAGCAUCGUUAUUUGGAUGUGAACGGUAGGAUAGUACUGAUGAACGGUUCAUGGUUUACCUUUUGGGUGGUUGCAUACACGUUCUCUACCAAAGUAUAGUAUAGAGCCUCGGAUGAAAAACAUAAAGUAUAGAAAUAAGAAACCAA